AUGGUGACCUCUGGCAAUAUGACGGCACCUGAGUCUCCGCUCAUCGACCUCAACGUGACCUCAUUUGACAGGGAGUACCUCCACUGGUCUUUCAUCAUCUUGGAGGUGGCAGCGGUCGUCGUCAUCGUCAUUGGUGACAUCUCUAUGUUGAUGAUGUUCUUUACUCGCAAACUCCUGGGACAGUCGACCAAUAUUCUCGUCUUUUCCGUUGCCAUCGGCGACCUGCUAGCAGGGAUUAUGGCCCUUCCAUUGGCUAUGAUGCAGAAGAUUCUCGUGGAGCCAUCAGACUUCCUGUGCAAGGGCUACUUCUACUUCUCCAACGUCUCCAAGACGGCUGUUGGCUACACAAUCCUCCUGCUGGCCAUGGAGAGAAUCAUCGCUCUCUUGAUCCACACAUUUCGGAUAUUACCACCUGGCAGGUGCUUGUUCUUUGCCAGCCUGACAUGGUUCUUCUCUGCUGCCUACAACAUUUGGUCUGUAGUCAUUUACGACGUCGAGGUGGUGACCCUGGCAUCCGAGCGACGAACUAAAGAUCUCUUCCUGUGUUUCGCCUCCAGCCGAUUCAUGUACCUACACGACAUAUUUGAAGUUCUCAACCCCUUAGUGACCUUCAUAUUUCCUGCUUUAUCUUGCACUUUGCUGUUUAUUUAUUUUGUCAGAAAUAAACAAGAGGCUGAUAAGCCAGGCAGACCGUACAAGUCCUCAAAGUCUGUAGUGAUAUUCACACUUGCACUGUUGGUAUCCUUCGUGGCAAGUCACCUUCAUGGGAAAUUGCAACUCUUCUUGAAAAUCCUCCAUCUUCUAUCGUUUUCUCGAGGCUUCUGGGAUAUCUUCAUCUUCGGCGGUUUCAGGCAUUACGUCUGCAAAAAGGAGAAAGCAUUGGCUCAUUUCCGAGAACAGAGGUCGCUUCAGGUGCAGCGGACAAGCCUAGCCAUACCCUUUCAGGACAGAGGGAUGUCCACUAGUUUGCUGGACAGUGACCCGUCCGUCAGUCGCAGGUACUCCAGUGACAUUAGCAGGAGAGCGUCGGCUUUAGAUGACAUCUCAUGUCAGUUUGACCACAACCCUGACCAGAUGCAAAAUGAACAGGAUCUCCUGCAAAGACCGCUCAACUCGUCAAAGCCAGCGGAAGAUCUUGUUCCUGUAGUGACCGUUGGCUAUCUUAUCCCUCGCUCUCCCUGUGCUUCGGACAAUCGCCGCCAGUUUAUUUUCCCACCCGACAAUGAAUUUAGCCAUGAGCGCAAAGUACAGACUAACCGAGGACUGUCCGGAAAAUCGGUUUUCGGUAGCUGUGAAGCUAUUCAGGAAAUCUCUGAAGAUGGGGAUUUCCUGGCAGCCUUAAGCACCACAACAAGAAAACCUCUCCAUUUGCGACGGAAAUCUUGCGGAGAUAAAGCGUCUCAUUUGCUAAAACUAAACUUACAUCGGGUAGCCAGGUCUGCUGCUGGUACAGACGGAGGUAAUACGAAAACCGAAAGAAACCUGGGAAUUAGUGACCACAACAACCCCAGUAACGCAGCUACCAAGCAAACAAACACACAUUCACUACACGACAACAUCACGAUGUCUGCAUCGGAAACACAAAUGGAAAACAUAUCGCAAGUUCCACUGGCCAAGAACCAUAAUUACACAAUACAGAUAAGCAAAAGUGCAGAGAAAUUAUCUGCUCCUUUCCCUGAAGAUUUUAACCGAGAAAUUCGCAGAAAUACACUGAACGUUCCAUCGACCCCCUCCAGACGGGGCAGUAGUUGUAAAUACUUGACCGUUCCAUCCACUAUGACGCCUUUCAUUCCACGGUCGCCUUGCGCCACCGACUGA